CAUGACCCAGCGGGACGUGCCCGGUUCCAUCCUGGGGCUCGAGGGGGUCCGGGUGGCUCAGGGGGCUCAGGGCAGUCCAGGUGGCUCAGGGGUGAUUUGGGGGUCCCAGGGGGGAGGCUCAGGGGUGAUUUGGGGUGAUUUGGGGGUCCCACCGCCCCUCGCAGCCAUGACCCAGCGGGACGUGCCCGGUUUUGCCAUCGGGGGCCUGAGCGGGGGCGAGGCCAAGGCGCGCUUUUGGCGCACGGUGAAGCUGAGCGCCGAGCACCUGCCCCGGGACAAGCCCCGCUACCUGAUGGGCGUGGGCUACGCCACCGACCUGGUGGUCUGCGUCGCGCUGGGCUGUGACAUGUUCGACUGCGUGUUCCCCACCCGCACGGCGCGAUUCGGUUCCGCCCUGGUGCCCUGGGGGUCCCUGCAGCUGAAAAAUCAGCAAUUCGCCAAAGAUUUCCGGCCCAUCGACGCCGACUGCGGCUGUCCCACGUGCCAGAGGUGGGCGGGGGGCUCUGGGGAGG